GUCGCGUCCGUCGUCUGCAUGCAUCGCGUCUCAUGUCCUGCAGGACCCUCUACACUAUUCGUUCUCGCUAAUGGUCUCAAAUGCAGUGACUCUUCUCUAGUCUCUUCCCCCUUCGCACCCUUAGGUGCCGUACGUUCACGCUCAGGUGGCCCAUCUCCGUCCCAACGUCGUAAAACGCAGGAGUACAAAGCUCGACAACAGAAAGGGGAGUGGUACUCCGGCCAAGAACAUAAGACUGUGAUCUCCGAGACUCAGAAGAUCAUCAAUAGGUAUUCUAAACGGGCAGGCGAUGGCCCCCAGAAAUGGACACACGAGAAGGGUGCGAGGACGGAGGAGUUGAGGUUGGUGAACAAGUUGUUUGAUGCGACAACUCUGCCUUGGACGGCUCCUUUAGCGGAACAACUCAACCAACCGGGGGAUACGGGGAUGGGCGUCAUGGAGGAUGAGGAACGCAACGACUUGCCUCCCGGUGUGGGACACGGUUCCCUCGUACAGAUUUGCACGAGUGCAAUGUUUGAUUUUGGUAUUGUCUUAUAUGACGGCCACUCAGAGCACGGAUAUAACGUCUACUCCCUCUCCGAGCGAGGCGAUCUCCGCAAACAUACCCCAAACGACAUCAUGGGCGCUAUCCCGAACGUCUUCGACAAGGACCUCGUCUCCCGGUGCGGCAGAGAUGAUGUACCAGUCGAAAGCCGGCACAUUAUGGCUCGGAUCGUCAUCCUGCGUCGGCUCCGGGAAAUUCGCAAAGAAACGGAGGACAUAUUCAACGGUCUCGCUCUUCCUUUCUCCACGCUUUACUCCUGCGUUUGCCACUCCGACCCCGACAAAUGGACGGACAUCACGGUCGACCAAGUCGCCGACAUCGUACUUCCUAACCAUCGAAACCUCAAGCCGUGGCGACAUGCUCUGACGAUGCUCUGCGUACAAGAACAUAUGAUCCGGCGCUCGAGCGAGUAUGUCAUGGUUCGGACUUCGUUCUACGAGAGGAAAAUGGUCCACGUCCGGCCUAAAUCACACGUCGAGCGACUACAGAACGUUCACCAGAUGAUGACGAAACGAACUACGGAUCCCAGGCUACGAGCGUUCACGGAGAAGGCGCGCCGUCUCAUUCAGAAGAACAGAGCUAUCCAAGCUGCAUCCAAGGACGAACCGCCAUCGCGUAUCUUGUCGGAGGAGGAUUCGUUCACGGAGGACGACCGUAUGAUCAUCCGAUUCUUGAUGGAGUCGAUGCACCUUAUGCGUGGGACUCAGGUUGAUCCAUACCAGUCCCUCGUCUGUGCUAUCGUCAAGGGUAUCGACGGAAUGUAUGAAGGCGACGUCAAUAACGAGCAGGUGCACCAGGUUCUGGUGGAGCUGGGCAUAUACGCACCGUGGCAGGACUAUGUAUCCAAUCGUAUAGAGCUCGACUUGGACCAGGAGAGCGAAGAGGAGUCUCCACGCGUCAAGGAGACGGCAGAGCUCUUGCAACGCGGAAUGCUUGCCCGACCUACGCAGACGUCUAACUCUGCGCUCUUGGGACCGGAAGAUUUGUAUCCCUCGGACCGCAUGGCGAGCAUUCGACACGAUUUCGGAGACCUUCCUGCGUAUGUCAUUGACGAUCAUGGAGCAGAAGAGCUCGACGACGCGGUCUCUGUCGAGACUAUACCCGAAGAGCCACAGAAUCUCUGGAUCCACACGCACAUCGCCGACCCUACGUAUCUCUUGCCGCCUACGCAUCGCGUCGCACAGGAAGCCAGCCGUUUCGGCGAAACGCUAUAUUUCGUACAUCGUACAUGGCCCAUGUUACCCCGCGCUCUCGUCGACCAGUCGCUCUCGAUAGGCGAUAUGGCCGCACAGGGCAAGCCCGAACUGACGCUGACCUUCAGCACGAAGAUCGACGAGAACGGCGAGAUCGUGGACUACAAGGUUCGCUCUGGACUGCUUCGAAACGUCCGCGUCCUCAGGUACGACGACGUGGACAAGACGAUUGGAUUGCCCACUGUGCGAACGGGGAUAUCGUACCCGUUAGGACGUACGCACACCCCCAUCAAGGAACCCAUUACAGUCGACUUUUCCGCUCAGGACCACGAGAAUUUCCGCCUCCUGCGCCUCUUCGUCCGACGCAUGCAAGAUCGUAUCCAGCGACUCCCCAUCGCUAUGUUCACGACACCCCGAGCCUCGCUCUAUGUCACUCCCAAACCACUAGCCCCAAGUAACCUCACGGUCAAGCACUCGACGCCCUUCCGAGGGUUCCCGGACAUCGCGUACGUGGUCGACAAGAACGCGAUGGACGACCACCAUGCGGGAAGUCGAGCUAUCAUCGCAGAGGCCGCGAAACUCGCUUGUCGAGUCGCGUCGCUCUAUUGCCUGGACCGAGGGGUCCCUAUGAUUCGACGAGGAUCUCCACGACCGCUGAUGCUCUCAGAUUCAGAUUUCGAGAGAAUGUUGAGCAUGAGGGAUGAGCACGGGUUCGUGAUGUUCUGGGAGGCGGCGAGCCUUCACGCCAAGAUUGGAGCUGCGACGACCGGGUUGGAACCGAUGGAGCAUUGGGCGAUGGGUAUUCCGGGGAACGAGGGCUACGUUCGAGUCACAUCGCCACUCCGGCGAUAUCAAGACUUGCUGGCACAUUGGCAGAUCAAGGAGUCUCUCUUGAACGACGCGGGCCACGGGACAGGCUCCGGCAAGCCUAUUCUCUCCGCGCAGGACCUGCUUUAUUAUAUGGAGAGCACCCGGUACAACGAAAUGAACAGGAGGCGUUUGUUCUCCCAACAUGCCACUUAUUGGAGCCUUAUGACCAUCAAGCGCUGGUUUGCGGAGCAGCCUGAAGGACUGAACGCGUUGGGUGUGUUGGAGGCGAGACCUUUGGCGAUUCCGAAAACUGAUAGGUUGACAGCUGAGAAGCAGCAGCUGGUCAGCAUUCCGAGCUUGGGCAUCCAGGCGUUUCUGGUGGAGAAGGGGCCCUUGAAUACGGUCCUUGGGGCCCCGUUGAACGUCAAGGUGGACCGUGUCCUUGUGGGUUCGGCGUCGAGAAUGAUGGUGACGUUGGCUUAGACUGAGGGUGCACAUUCGUAUUGUAGCUAUAGGAUAUUUUUAUUUAGUUUUUGAAUAAUUCAUGCUCCCACAUCC